CCAGCCGUGGGCUUCUGCGCCAGGGUCCACUCAUCUCGUUUGCUUUGCAAUUGCAUUUACACCCCAACAUGUGUAUGGCUUUCUGCCAGCCGAGUCAAUGGAACCUUUUCUUGUGCAACGGCAGAUGUCAGCCUCCGUGAAAGGCCGCCCUGUACCCCAUGUUCCCAACGGAAGCAAACGGGGGCUUCAGGAGGAAGGAGUUCUUUUGCCGUAAAAGUGGACUGCCUUGAUUCCGAACAGGGGAACCGUGUCUUAUUGUCAGGUACAGUGACAGACGUGGGCCUUGAUAUCUGCGUGAUACCGGCACAACGGUAGCCUGUCGAGUCUCUGACAUGCUCCCUUCGCUCUUGGAAUAUUUGUGAGAUAUAUCCCGUCCAACUAUCGCGCGAGAGGUAUAUCCAGUGGUGAUCCCGUCCUUCAUUCUCCACACUGCGACUUUCUCAAUGGCGGACGCACCCCCUCCUGGCUAUCGAUUCUCCACUGUCACCCCAGAUGACCAUGGUGGUUUGAUUUACAUUGCUGCUUUUCUAUCUUUCAUUUACUCUUCUAUCACCUUCAUUGCGAGAUGCUUCAUCAAGUGGCGAGUGUUUGGCUUCGAUGAUUGGGCAAUGAUGGUGGCGCAGAUAAUCACAGUAGUCCAAUUUGUUGUGCUCCUUGUAGCGUUGAACGCAGGUUUGGGCAAGAGCUUCGAUCUUCUCACUGAGGACCAAUACUCGCGAACCGCAACCUCGCAGUAUGCCAACCAAGUCGUUUUUUACCUAUCCAUUGGUCUCUCCAAAUGCGCCGCAGUAUUGCUCAUCCAACGGCUCUUCACCAGAGAUGCAAAGAAGUUCUGGAUGAUAUGCAAUGUUGUCACUGGUCUCAUGGCCGUGUGGACAAUCGUCGCGACGCUCGCGGUGUCGGUGGGGUGCAACCCUAAGAGCACCCUACCCGCUUUGGAGGAACAAACCUGCCCCAGCCUACUUCCUCGCUACCAAGUUAUCAUCAUCACCGAUACCGUUACGGACGUCCUGCUGGUCCUUGUUCCGGCCUACCUCGUCUGGCAACUUCAGAUGUCCAAGGCUCUCAAGCUACAAGUCAUAUCUGCCUUUGCUGUCCGACUACCUCUACUUCCGCUCUCGAUCCUCGUUCUCAUUACCUACAAGAAUUCACUACAUAGCUCAAAUCCUGGCGUUGACCGAACCACUGCGAUUAUCUUCCAACAAAGCCAGCUUUGCUUUUCUCUUAUGGCCGGGACUAUACCAUGCUUGAAGUCCUUCAUCCGCAGUUUCGACACUGGCAGUGGCGCCAAAGUGGGCUAUACAACACACGCCUAUGGCUCCAAUGGAUAUGCUGGAGGAGGAAGCUACAAAAUGCAGUCCCUAAGUGGUAGUGGCAGCGCCAUGCGAAGCCAUAAAGGCGACGACGGCGACGUCAAAGUUAGCAAGCCACAGUCCGGAAGACGCAAGCAUAACAAGUCAUGGCAGCCAGGAGAUGAUUAUCCGGCGAGACGUUCAAUGGGAAGUGCGCAGUGA